CUUGCCAGCCGCGGCUGACAUCACGCGGUCUGAGACGGAGGCGCCCCCGGGCUCAGCCCCGCAGCCCCCUCAGGCAGAGGCGCCGCCGCGGUGCCCUGCAGAGGAUGGUGCGCGCCGUGCGGGCCGCUCCCCGCAGCCUCAGCCGCAGCAGCGCCUCAGCCGAGCUGGCCGCGGCGGGUAGCCGACCCCCGCACCGGGCGUGCGGCCGGCCGGCGCGCUGAGGCUCGGACGCCGGAGCCCGGGCGACGCCGCCGCGAUUGCAGCGGCCAUGGGGGCCCUGACGAGCCGGCAGCACGCGGGCGUGGAGGAGGUGGACAUCCCGUCCAAUUCCGUGUACCGCUACCCGCCCAAGUCCGGAAGCUAUUUUGCCAGCCACUUCAUCAUGGGGGGAGAGAAGUUUGACUCUACACAUCCGGAGGGUUACCUGUUCGGCGAGAACACCGACCUGAACUUCCUGGGAAACAGGCCGGUGGCGUUCCCUUAUGCUGCCCCCCCUCCCCAAGAACCUGUGAAGACCCUGAGAAGCCUCAUCAACAUCCGGAAGGACACGCUGAGACUUGUCAAAUGUGCUGAGGAAGUGAAGAGCCACGGAGAAGGGGCGGGCAGAGCUAAGGUCCACUACAACGUCGAGUUCACCUUUGACACAGACGCCCGGGUGGCCAUCACCAUCUACUACCAGGCCACUGAGGAAUUCCAGAAUGGAAUUGCCAGCUACAUUCCAAAAGACAACAGCCUGCAGUCCGAGACCGUGCACUACAAGCGAGGUGUGUGCCAGCAGUUCUGCCUGCCCUCCCAUACCGUGGACCCCUCGGAGUGGGCCGAAGAGGAGCUUGGCUUCGAUCUGGACCGUGAGGUCUACCCUCUGGUGGUGCACGCUGUGGUGGAUGAAGGAGAUGAGUAUUUUGGCCACUGCCAUGUGCUUCUGGGCACUUUUGAGAAGCACACGGACGGGACCUUCUGUGUGAAGCCCCUCAAGCAGAAGCAAGUGGUGGAUGGGGUCAGCUACCUUCUUCAGGAGAUCUACGGGAUUGAAAACAAGUACAACACGCAAGAUUCCAAGGUGACAGAGGACGAUGUCAGCGACAACAGCGCCGAGUGUGUGGUGUGUCUCUCGGAUGUCCGAGACACUUUGAUCCUGCCCUGCCGGCACCUCUGCCUCUGCAACACCUGCGCAGACACCCUGCGCUACCAGGCCAACAACUGCCCCAUCUGCCGGCUGCCCUUCCGGGCACUGCUUCAGAUCCGAGCCAUGAGGAAAAAACUGGGCCCUCUGUCUCCAAGCAGCUUUAACCCCAUCAUCUCUUCCCAGACUUCGGACUCAGAGGAGCAUUCAUCCUCAGAGAAUAUCCCACCGGGCUAUGAAGUGGUGUCUCUCCUGGAGGCCCUCAAUGGGCCCCUCACCUCGUCCCCGGCAGUCCCUCCCCUUCACGUUCUUGGAGAUGGCCGCCUCUCAGGAAUGCUCCCGUCCUACGGCAGUGAUGGCCACCUGCCCCCUGUUAGGACACUGUCCCCCCUUGACCGCCUGUCUGACUGCAACGGCCAAGGACUCAAACUCAAAAAGAGUCUGUCCAAGUCUGUUUCCCAGAAUUCUUCUGUGCUUCAUGAAGAGGAAGAUGAGCGCUCUUGCAGCGAGUCAGACACUCAGCUCUCGCAGAGGCUGUCAGGCCAGCAUCCUGAAGAGGGACCCGAUGUGACUCCAGAGAGUGAGAACCUCACCCUGUCCUCCUCAGGGGCUGUUGACCAGUCAUCUUGCACAGGGACUCCGCUCUCUUCUACCAUCUCCUCCCCAGAAGACCCAGCCAGCAGCAGCCUGGCCCAGUCCGUCAUGUCCAUGGCUUCCUCCCAGAUCAGCACUGACACCGUGUCCUCCAUGUCGGGUUCCUACAUUGCGCCUGGCACAGAAGAGGAAGCAGAGGCCCUGCCUUCCCCCGGAGCUGCCAGCAGGGCCCCUUCAGAAGAAGAGGAGACACCAGCAGAGUCCCCAGACAGCAAUUUUGCUGGCCUUGCAGCUGGAGAGCAGGAUGCAGAGGGAAAUGAUAUCAUAGAGGAAGAGGACAGAUCACCUGUACGAGAUGAUGGGCAGAGGACUUGCGCGUUUCUAGGCAUGGAGUGUGACAAUAACAAUGACUUUGACGUCGCAAGCGUGAAAGCACUGGACAAUAAGCUGUGCUCUGAGGUCUGCUUACCCGGUACCUGGCAGCACGAUAACACCGUCAACUGUCACCACACCCAGCUCCGGCGCUUCUCCUCCAGCAGCCUGGAGGACCCUGAGGAGAACAGGCCUUGUGUGUGGGAUCCUAUGGCUGUCUGAGGGCACCUGCACCUGUACUUCCCCUCCUGUCCUUGCCUUCCAUCUGUCCGUACUGGACCACAGGUCUUCUGGGCAUCUUCAACAAGACACGUGGACUUCAUACUCACAUGAAGGGGGGACAGUGUGCAGCCCUCUGCCCACCUCAUCUCCUGUCACCAUGAUUCUUACUCUCAGAACCGGAAGCCUUUCCCCUGUGGACUGUCGUGGGCCAGCUGAGCUGAGGGUCGGAGCUGGUUGAUUCUGUAGCCUCUUCUCUUCUGGGUGGAGACCAAUAAGACUGGAGAGUUUGGCAGCUUGGUUAGACACCCGUGGACAGGUUUUGGUCUCUGGCACCUCAUAAGCAAUUAGAAACCUAACUUGGAGUGGUCGGGAACUUGCUUCAUGUCAAAGGCCAUCCACAUCCUGGCCUCCCGGAACACCAGGAGCUCCUCACCUGAGCCUGAGGGAGAGGGCAGCUGCCAAAUUAUUGGUUGGAAGCCAGAUCUGCUGACAGAGUCAGUCUCCUGUGGCUCCGGCGUCAGUCGCAGUUAGGAAGAUCCCCCCUUGCAAGGCCUGCUGGGCCUUCUGCAUGCAGUGCUAGGGCUGGCUCUUCCCGUGUCUUCACUGCAGCCACUGAGGGGGAGUCUCAGACCCAGCUAGCCGCUUUUCUGCCCCCUUUAUAAUAGCUGGAGCACUAGGCUAAGAGCUGAGGCCCGGUGGUUCUCAGACGGGUGAGCAGGACAGCAAAGAAGUGGCAGAGGCUCUGGGGCCACCUCCCUACCCUAGUGAAUCCUCCUCUCAUUUCAGAUCAGAUGGUUGAGAGGGGCGGACUCUCCCUCUGGUGACAUGGGUCACCAGUGCUGAGAUGCCAUCCAGUCAGCACUCAGACAAAGUCAUGGCAGCAGGCUGGCAGGAAAGUUUUAGGCGUCACACCUUUCUCAGUUCAGUGGACUUCACAUGGCUCUAAAGUAGAUGCCUAUCUACUGGCUUUUGGAACAGUGGAACGUGAGAUGGUUUGGGGAUCAAGAUUACUUAUGAGGGUGAGAUGCUAGGGUCUUUUGACUUGCAAGUGUGGUCCUAGAAAGGCUCUCCAGGGGAAAAAAGGGGGUUGGGGGGCAGGGGAAUCUGGCCUCAAGCUUGCUAUGUAGCUGGGGAUGACCUUGAACUUCCUGAUUUUCCUGCCUGCACUGCCCAAGCAUUAGGAUUACAGGCCUGCACCACCACACUGCUGCUCUCCUUUAGGUUGGGGGGAGUCUGCCAGCAGUGUGAUAGGCUGAGCCUGAGAUCCCGUAUGGCCUCCUGAACACCCUGACGUCUCAAACCCCCCUUCAUGUCUUUUACUUCCCCAAUGUUGCGACCGAUAGCCCAUUUCACGUUUAAGAUUUAUACCAAUGUAAGCUGAGCAAUAACCGCCCUUCCUCAAAGAACAGACCGGAAGCACCAGGGAAGUUCCCUUAGCCUGGGACCUAGACCCACCCCCUCCCCUGGCAGGCAGUCCAUAAGCAUAUUCACAGUGUGGUGUGACCUGGGAGGAGCGGGGAAGAAGCUGAGAUGAAGGAGAUUCAGGUAAGCAGUAGCCACAGUGGCCAGGAACCCUCAAAAAGCCAUGAUAAUCAGCCCCUCCCUCUUCCCUCACAAGUGCUCAGUCUCAGUCCCAUCACCCAGGCACCCAGGCUGGCACACCCUUUGCUCUGCCUCGCUCAGCUCUGCCCUCUUCCCAGGGUGGCCCUGCCAGCUGCCACACAACCCAGUUCAUUUGGAAACAACCCCCUUCUCGGGGCUCAGGCGCAGGGUCAGGCACCGUGUCCUGGUGCCUUUGGCUCCUCACAUCUGCACCUCUCCCCAUGCUCGGUACUGUAGUGAUCUCGGUCUCCUCAAAGAGCCUUUUUGCUUUACCUGAUUUCAUCCCACCAGACUUUCUACCCCCUGUGACAUCUGCUGGGCACAGACCCAAACACUAAGCCAUCUCACUGGGGAGCUAGUCCUGUCCACCUGGUGUUGGCAUCAUGUUGCUCACUUCAUGUUAGGGCCUGCACACCUGGUGUGUGCAAGUGUGUGUGUGUGUGUGUGUGUGCAAGUGUGUGUGUGCACGUGCGUGCACACUGUGCUGUGUGCCCCUCAUACUCUCUGGAGUACACUUGUGGGCACAUUACAGUGGGGACAUCAAGAUGCAAUAUUUAUGGAUUGCUGCAUGAUUCUUAAAAGUGAAUAAAACUGUUUACAGGGGCAGGGGAGCCGUUAACUACAA